GCACCUGCUCUCUUCUACAGUACAUCUAGUUGAUUGUAUAUACUGUGUAUGAGAGAGAGAGAGAGACCGUGUGAAGUGUAAGUGUGUGUGAGGGGGGGACUUGAAGCCUGAAGGUUGAUGUUACGGAUUAGGGUUUUCAGUGUUCAAGAUCAUGGAAGGUGGCUUCGUCUUUGAGGAUAAGCGUAAACUAGAGAAAAUGGCAAAAGAUUCUACUGGAGCUUCAGGGAGGAAAAUGCUUGCUGACAUAAGCAACAUUCAACAGAAACAUAACACUUUGACACAAGAUAAAAAGUCUCUUCCAAAUUCAGCUAUUGUGAAAGAAAAAUUUAUAGAACAGCUCCAAAAGGAAAAUGCAGCACUCAAGAAACACUUAGCAGAAAAAAGUAGAAUUAUUGAUCUCAGUGGAACUGAAUUACACAAACUGAGGGUUACUUUACAAAAGAUGCAACAACAGAAUUUACAGCUUGCUCAGUCAAAUAGUCAACUGCUAGCGGAAGUAAAUUCUGGGAAAGAUAGGCUAAAAGACAUGCAACAUCAACUUGGAUGCAAAAAUGGUGUUCUUAUAGCAAAACAAAUGGAGUUAGAGGGAAAAAGGAAAACCAAAACAUGUCAAACAAAUGAUGUUAAGAAGGUGAAAGUAUCUGAGAAUGAGGAGAAAGGUGUCUGUUUAGAUAAAGAUGAGCAUUGUAAUACAAAAAGAAGGCAGAAAUCCAAAAGUUUAGGUCCUUCUGUUAGAAAUGGACAAGAUAAGGGUGUGGGUGACAAUGGAAGUAGGAGGCAAUCUGCAAGGUUUAUUAAGAGAGAAGAAGAGAAAGCAACAGAAGACUUAUUUGAUACAGACAAUAUGGAUCUUAAAGAGGAGGAAGACAGAAUGCAAGAGGAUAAUCAUAAUAAUGAUUCAAAUUGUGUGAUUUUGAUUAAAAAAGAAGAGGAAAGUAGAAGAAGAAGAUGUUCUAUUAGUUCAAGGCCUUCACGUGAAGCAGUUAAAAAGAUUCAGUCUUACAAGGAAAUGAGCAUUAAUGUUAAAAUGCGUAGGACUGAAUGACUGAAUACAUUCAGAUGUAUGUUCAUGUUGUUAUAUCUACACUCUUUUGCUUAUUAAGUGCAUUUCUAGAUUUUUUUGAGGAUUGAAAUCUGUAG